AUGGCCUUGAGACUUCCUUUCUUAAUGAGUAGAGAUGAUAGCUCCAAUUCGAACAGUGAUUCCGAGACUGAUAUCAAAGAAUCGAAGAAUGCCAACCAUGCUGAAGAAGGCGGCGUGAAAAGGGAAAGGACCGAAGAUCCAGAGAAAUCUCCAUCACCUCCCGCGAAGAAACCUAAGGACGAAAGUAAUGAUAUCAAGCCAUCAAAAAAGUCGAAAGAUGAUGAAAAGGAUAGCUCCUCUAAGUCGGAAAGUCGCAAAAGCGCAAAAGCAAAAGAGAAGCGUGAUGAUGACAAGAAGAAGUCAAAAUCGGAUAAAGAUAAGGAAAAGGAGCGCGAAAAAGACAAAAGGUCACGCAAGGAAAGAUCGCGUUCCCGUUCGAGGUCACCAGAUACAAAACGCCGGAGGAGCGAUAAAGAUAAGGGCAAGGGAAAGGAUAGAAAGAAGGACAGUCACAGUGAUCGCAAGGAAAAAUCGAAGCGAGAGAAGGAGCAAGCGGAGGAGGAUGAAAAGAGAAAUGGAGAUUUGGAAGAAGGCGAGGUUGUGGAACCAGCUCGACAACCGACUGCUAGGGAGCUUGAGCGUCUAAGGCUCAUCGAACAAUUGGCAAGCCAUUCAACUGGAUCACAAAAGAUCGCGCAUCUUACUUUCAUGUGUUUCAGGCAAAAGAAGACGCCGAAGAAAAUGGACCAUCGUCGUCGGUGCGAAAUGCUGAACCAGCGCAUGACUCGCGAGCUUGUCCUUAUUUGGACACGAUUGACAGCGGGUUCACGCCAUUAUCACCGUAGUUCUUAUGAAAUAUGCUUUUUCAGAAAAGUACUCGAUUUUGACUUCGAGAAGCUGUGCUCUGUGUCACUUUCACACCUUAACGUUUACGCCUGCAUGGUCUGUGGAAAAUACUUCCAGGGACGUGGAACGAACACUCAUGCCUACACACACUCACUGGACACUGAUCACCGUGUAUUUCUCAAUCUCCAUACACUCAAGUUCUACUGCCUUCCAGAUAAUUAUGAAGUUGACGACCCUUCUCUUGAAGACAUAAAAUAUGUGCUGAAGCCCACUUAUACGAAAGAGCUGAUCGCCAGCUUAGAUCGUCAACAUCGAAUGGCCAGAGCAUAUGACGAUCUAACCUAUUUUCCUGGUGUUGUUGGUCUAAACAAUAUCAAAGCCAAUGACUACACAAAUGUGGUUCUGCACGUUAGCUUUUAUCCGCAUGUGACUCCAUUGCGUGAUUAUUUUCUUCGCGAGGAAAACUACGAGAACAUCAAAAGACCUCCAGGUGACAAACUCUCCCUCCUACCAAAACGGUUUGGAGAACUGAUCAGAAAGCUCUGGAAUCCGAAAGCGUUCCGCACUCACGUUUCUCCCCAUGAAAUGCUUCAAGCGACGGUUUUAUGUUCAAAUAAGAAGUUCCAGUUUAUAAAGCAAGGUGACGCGGCUGAAUUCAUGAGUUUCCUACUCAACACUUUGCAUAUUGCUCUUAAUGGCACCCAGAAAUCGUCAUCUUCUAUUAUAUACAGGGAUCCCGGAAAAUGCGUUCGAGCUGAGGAUCUCCAUGUGAAGGAAAUUCUUCCUCAGAUGAUCGUGCUAGCCGAAUCCUACAUCCAGAUAUGGAAGCUGAACCGAUUGAAGACGAGAGAAGAGCGCAUGAGCGAAGGUAUCGACGAUGAUAGCUCUGCAUCCUAG